UGGCUCACCCUCCUUUCCGUUUCCGCUCCUCUCCGGUGGGUGUUGGAUGGCGUGGAAGAGCUACUUCUGUAGCCGCAGCGGAGUGUGGCGUGUUUGUGCAACAGCCAGCGCCUCCCUCAAAUACCCCCCUCAUACGCAGCGUGCCUGACCGCUGGCGCGGGAUCGCUCCGCCAGGGGACCUUCGGGCUGCAGUUGCGGGUCCGCUUGGUAAGUCACGUUGUCUGCCGUCUCUUGCUUAUCUUACCCCAGCUGACUGGUUAUGUUGUGCUACAGCUGGAUUCAGCUACGGCUGGGGGAGACUCCCACCCUCCGGGCUGCUGUGGCUGUACCUUGGCUUGACAGGGUGGUGCGCAUGGUCCCAUUAUUCAUCAAACUCUGGUAUGUUGUCAUAUUAAUUACUGAAUUUGUUUCUUUGCAUUCGUUGAGGCCCUGCUCCUUCGUCGGCCGUCAUUGGCCACCACGCCUCAGACGGACCUGCAGUUUUGGCUAUACUGGAAAUUGCACUGUCUUAACCGACACGUGUAUGAACUGUUGCGGCUGAUCGGGGCACGGUUCGAACAGUUAAAGACUGCCUGGCUCGGACCAAGGAAGUGUAUGGUUUUUUUUUUUUUAAGUAUUGUCUCGUUCACUGUGGCUCUCCACGCUACAUCUUCACGGCGCGUGGAGUGACCACAUCAGAGGGACGCCUAGCUUUUAGUAACCUGUAAUCCCAUUUACUCUGUUUGUAUUUGGUUUAUGUUUUGUUGUUUUCAACCCUGACAUGUUUUAAUUAUCCUUUUAUUGUUGGUCAGGUGCUGUGGGCCUGAGGCGGCGGCCCAAUCCCUGGUGGUGGAGUUUUCUUCACAACCCGUUUUGUUGGUUUGCAGUGUCACGGGUGGUUAGGUUAUUAAUCCUUUCCCUUUUUCUUUGGUUCUCGUCGCCGUGUUAAGUCCCAGCCCUGUCCCUGUGUGAUCUUGUCAGAAGUGUUUUAUUUCAUAUGUUAAUUUGUAUUCUGUUUGUUUGUGUCAUUGUGCUUUUGUUUGCAUUUAUUCUAUUAUAUUAAAGUUAUUUUCCAUUAGUACAACAUGUCUCUUGCCCCGUGAUUCAAACUAACCUGUGCUGUUGCACUUAACAUAUUCUAGUAUUUCCUGGAGGUGAAACUCCCCAGGUGGCAACCUUUCACUAUCCCCGCUUUCCCUCACGCUACACUUGCAAAGUGCUGUGAAGACACAGGUCUCACACGGACAAAGGUCCUGCCUCUGGUGCUGAUGUACAUGACAAUGAGAAAACAAACCAGGUCUAAUCUUUCAACUUAUGAUAUUCUCUUUGCAUUAUUGUCCUCUCCACUUCCGUCAACAGACUUGUGUGAUAAUGAUGUUGUGUAACCUGAUUUCCUCCUACACCUUCCAUUUUUCUUUUUAUAUGCUUCCUCAAUUACAGGAAUGUACUUUUUUCUUUGCACAAAAACAGCAGUGGUUACCUAUUGUGUCCUCGCCAUGCAUCGUAUGUUCUAGAACCUCCAAGUAGAAAUGUACUGUACCAGAGUUAUAUUCACUGUCUAAGACCUACACAUACACUAAAAAGCUGUUUCCCCAGUCAUACCUGACAAUGUGUAGGUAUGGUGUAAUCAGAAAGCAAUUUGUUAGUGUCUGUGGUGGCAAACUGUGUCAGUAGGAAUUAACUAAUGCAGUAAGAUUGAUGACUUGAUUGAUGUGUUGUGUUCAUUUGAAGAUUAUUGAAGAACAUGUGUAUUUUCUUUCUGACACAGAGUUAGUGAAAGUAUUACCACUCUCUUACCUGUACAAUAAAGGUGAAGCUGAUCCAGUAUAAAGACUAUAGGAACCAUGCCUAAUGCUCACUGAUUAGUUUUUCAUAUUUGGUUGCUAUCCCACAGUUUAUUAGCUGUUAGUGUUAUGUGCCUGUUUUACAUUUACAUUUUUGUACUGAUUAAAAAAACUGCAUCACUUAUAGUCUCCACCCGACCUGAUGAGCGGUAAAUGAUAACAGCGGUUACCACAGACUUCUGCACAGAGAUGGUUCACAUCAGAUCUUAUGUCAAGAUUGCGUCCAAUGUGCUGACUCGUGAGUUUCCAUGGUCAGACCACAUCCUUUGACUUCAGGACAUAAAGACGAGUGUGAGCACUGAGGGGGACUUCAGUGCAUCUCACCAUCACAUUAAAGAGAGAAAAGAAGACAUGUCCUGCCUGGGGGCUUUCACCGGUCUCCUCUCCUGCAUGGUCCUCCUCAUUGUCCACUCAAGUGAUGGCUCUGAGAUUAUCAAUGGGACAGAAGUGACGCCCCACUCAAUGCCGUACAUGGCUCUGCUUGAGAAACCAGUCUGUGGAGGGAUACUGAUCCAUAAAUCAUGGGUCCUGACUGCUUUCCACUGUGGACAAAUUAGGACUGUGUUGCUGGGGGUGCACUCCAUCAAGGCAAAUGAAGAUAAGUCCAGGCAGGUCAGAAAGGUUAAGAAGCGUUUUCCACAUCCCAGCUAUAACUCAGCUACAAAGGUCAAUGACCUCAUGUUGCUCAAGCUUGACAAAUCUGUGAAGGAAACCAAGACGGUGAAGUGUCUUAAGUUGGGUGUUGCCAUCAAAGAUCCGGCAGCUGGGACCAGCUGCAUGGUGGCAGGAUGGGGCCGAACAAACAAGGAUGUGAAGGAAAUGUCCGACGUCUUGAUGUCCGGCGAAGUGACUGUGGUCGACAGAGUGAAGUGCAACUCUGAUUACAACAGACAUCCCGUGAUCACCAGCGGCAUGAUAUGUGCCGGCUCAGACAAGAAAAAUAGAGCUGACACCUUUUGUGGGGAUUCAGGAGGCCCACUGAUGUGCAGCGGAGGGCUGGUUGGAGUCACUUCUUUCGGAUCCGGGUAUGACCUGAUUGACAAGCCUGGAGUGUUCUCGUAUCUCACAGAGGAACAACUCCAAUGGAUCAAAGAUACAAUGAAGAAGUCUAACAUUUAAUGAGCACCCGCUGUGAAGGAUUUUGCAUUUGCGGCCAUGUUAAUCAAUUCUAUGUGAGGUGAUACGAGGGAGAUUUCUGCUUCUGCUGCAAUAAAACAGGCCAAGUUGAUUUAAUCUUGAAAUCUAAACUGGAGAGACACGUGUUUAUCAUGAAAGCAAAUCGCCAAAGGGACAUUAUUGAGUCCUUCAACCAGACUGAUGCCAACCAGACAGAUUCACCACUUCCUGCAUCAAGAGCCUAAAUUGAAACUGAGGCUUCAGCUCAAGUCUUGUGGAAAAUAAGUGUUGUAAUAAAGAUAAAUUCUGGGCCAUGAA